AUGGUUCGUCUUUCGCGUGGGGUCCAAUGUACCCGUAUAGUAUUAUUGGUAUUGAAUAUCAUAUUUCUUAUAUUUGGUUUUUCAAUAUUGAUUUUGGGUAUUUAUAUUAAAGUAAAUGGAAAUUUUAGUGCUAUUACAGCUGCUUAUAAUAGAACACAAACAUUGGGAGAAGAAUCUAUGCAAUGGAUAGGAACAAUCAUGAUUAUUGUCGGUGUAUUUACAUCUUGUUUAGCAUUAUUUGGUUGUUUAGGUGCUAUGUGUCAAAAUCGAUUUUUUCUAUAUUCAUAUGCUAUUAUACUAGGUCUUAUUAUUUCACUGAAACUAGCUAUUGUUAUUGUAGUAUUAAGAUUUCGUAAUGAUUUAUGGCAAUCUUAUGAUUCUGGUUUUGAAGAAAUAUUUCAAAAUGCUUAUCGUUAUAAUCAAAUUGAAAUGAUUAAAAUUAUUGAACAAUUAGAACAAGAAUUUAAAUGUUGUGGAGUUAAUAGUUAUACAGACUAUACUAAAUAUGGUUAUAGUAUUCCUCAUUCUUGUUAUAGAAAUCAAAUACCAAAAGAAUUUCCAUUUAGUCAAUGUUGUGCUGAAGCAGUUGUUCUAUGGGUAUGGAAUAAAUUACCAUUUAUUGCUGUAGUAUUAAGUAUUAUUUUAUUUAUCGAAAUAUUUGGUCUUAUUUCAUCCAUUGUACUUGGUGUAGCAAUUUCUCAUGCGUCUAAUACUAAUAUUUAUAAAAAAUUUUAA